CAAUGUGUCUUGGCUUCACUUGAAAAUAUAGGUAACAAAAAAACAUUUCCAAACCGGAAGCAAACACACUAGUACAGAAUUUAAAUAAUAAUGGGACCAAAAAAGGGAGUAGUCAUUGAUGAAAACUACUGGAGAACUCUCAUAGAGACGACUCCUUUAGAUGACGAUAAUUGGAAGGUAAAAGUACUAGUAAUCGAGUCAGCUGGCAGUGACCAAGACCGCAUAUAUUUAUGUAAAUUUGAAAAUUAUGCUAUGGAGGAAAAGAGAUUUGUCAUAAAGAAUAUUUGUAAAACAGAGACAAUAUUCAUGAUCAAUCAGCUAGGAGGCGAAAAGAAAGUAAAGGAUGAUAAUCUCCGUGUUUUCGAAGAGGGACAAUCGUAUCUCAAAGAUAAGAAAGAUAUUCCACCAGACAUCCAAGCAUUAAUUAUAAAACACUUAAUUUUGAAAAUGAAAGAAGAGUACUUGUUUAUAAGUCGACAACGGCUAGAGGUAAAAGUAGGAAUGAAAAGAGAAUCUGCAACUAUGAUCGCUAGAGCUGAAGUCCGUGGCACCGUUAACGUUCCUCCCCCUGCGCCCGCAGAGCCUCCACCACCGCCUCCAAAAGGUAAAAAAAAUAAGGCUGAAGUAGUUGACCCUACCCCAGAGCCAGUUGAAGGAAAGAAGUAUAACACAAUGCUCAGAGUCAGGGGAGAAGAAUGGCGAGACAAAGUUUACGUUGACGACUAUCCCACUGAUGGACCCAAUCUAUAUAUAGCUGUAACUGGUUUUAUGGAACCCACUUUAGCUGGAUGUCUUAUAAAAAUUGGGGUCCCACUAACUGCUAUAGUCCAGGUGAGAAUUGAUCCAACAGCUAUAAAAAUUCCAUCCAGUUUACUGAGGCCAACUAAACGAGGACAGAGUCAAACCGAGAUGUUAGCAGAACAGUCUCUAAAAUACUGGGAAGAUAUACAGCAGUUAAGGAUUAACAAAGAAACAGCCGACGACUAUAAAAAUACAGCUUUUGUUGUAUUUACUCCGCCCUACUCUGAUAAUAAUGCCUUAUCUGGUAGUCCCGAGGUUGUUUAUGAUGAAUUGUGUUAUUUAAUGUAUGAUAUUCAAGACUUGACAAGGCAGCAUUUACAUUAUCUUGAUAAUAUGGAUAUAAUUAAUAUAGCUAAAGAGGAACAAUCUAAUGACGAGCGUUUUCUUACAUACUAUGACGAACUAAUAUCGGAUUUGCCACUGGAAUCUGUUACAGUUUAUUCUUUAUUAGAUACUGUCCUCCGAACAGUGUGUCAAAUGAAGGACUUGGGGGAAAAGAGUACUAUAACAUCAUUAUCUACUGCAAUGACGAUAAAUAAAAUUAGGAAAAGCGGAGACGAAAUUUACAAAACGGAAAUGGCUGAAAAUCUAGUUGAAAACGUUUUCACUAAACUUUGUAUUACUGAGAAAGAUAAAAAAAUGUAUCGAACAACUUAUGGCGUAGAAUAUGAAGAGCAUAAGGACCCUAUUGUUAUUAAUUAUGGUGAUUUUGCCAAAAAUACUACAUUUCAUUUAGGAAACAUAAAUUUGGACAAUAUUAUUUGGCAAAUGUUAUUUGGCAUGCCGAUUAAUAAUUUAUGGUCAAAUCAACCGAAACUUACAGAAGAACAGGAGGCGAAAAUAAACUUUCACAUCAAUGUUUUAUUGUCUUGCUUCCAGAGGACUGAUUUAGAAAACGCUGAAAUGAAUCGACUUAUUCAUAUUUUAGCUUGCCGUAAAUUAUAUAACAACAGAAGUUCAUUGAAAAAAUUUCACUUGCCUUCUACAACAAUAUUAGAUUUUAAAAAAGUAUAUCUAAAGAGAAGUGUGCUUGCAGAACCUCUUCAGACACGUUCAUCUUUAAUACGCACUUCAAGCUCAACAUCUCCAACUUUCCCACCAAUGACGAGAAGUGAGAAUGCUUCCAAUAAAUUCACAGAUGAUGAGGACUCAGAGAGUCGACACAUAAAAUUUCUUUUUGAUUGUCCUGAUUUAAGCGAAUUAGUGACAGCUAGUGAAAUCGCGAAUGAAAAUAGUGUAACUGAACAUAUGAUUGACGACUAUGAACAUUUUGAUGAAUUCACAGGUACAUGCGCUUUUCAAGUAAUACUUGAUGCAUUUAAUACAUAUAAUUGUGUUGAUUAUAAGUAUUGUGAGGUCACAGAUUGCAUUGUUUUGAUGUUUUAUAACAGUAGUGAUAAUGACGGUAUAUCACGUGAUGAAUGGCGAUGCCAUUUACCAACUCCACUCUGUCUGCAAGAUUUUUUCGAUUUUGUUUUAGAAGAACAUUAUGAAUGGAUUCAAAAAGAAGAAAAACUCUACGAUGCCGAGAUGGCAUUAAAAGCUCAAUCUGAAUUUGUUGAAUUGAUUGACCCGACAGCUGCGAAAUCUUGUGUAGAAGAUACUGAUAUCGAAAUGGAAUUACUUGUAGAAGGUUCUCUUAAAUAUCAAGAAAUCGCUCGUAUUGAAGAAGUCAGCCCAGAAACAACAGAAACUAGAAUUACUUCUUCUAAAAAAACGACAACUUCGCCUUCGUCUACAGAAAUUGGUUCUAAAGGUGGAAGAAAAUCAAAAUCACCGACCACCUCCACGCCCCGCAAUAGAUUUUCAAUAAUACCACCUCCUCAGGCGCCGCCAAGGAAACCAUUCUCCGGUUAUGAUUUAAGUGAUAGACGAGUAGAGGUAUUCGGAAAAGAUGUUACAUAUUUCUCGAAAGACGGUAGCCGAGUCUCUAGUUACUAUACUCUCAUAAUACCGAUGAAUAUGGAGAGCAUACUUUUAAGUGUGGUUCCAGGUAAAGGAAGCAAUGAAUUUUGGUUUCAUCGAGCUUUAGGUGAAAGUGUAACUCCUGAUGUUAUUGACACAUGUGAAUCAUUUAGGAUCACUAGCAAAGAUCGUGUUUUGAUUAAUGUGAGAAAACAAACGUACACUAUAACAUUACCGAUUGCAACAUCUUCAUCUAUUGUAUCAAAAAGUCGGAAAGAUAUGAAGUCUACUGAAAAACUUACUAGUCCUCAACAAUUAUUUGAAUCUCGAUUUUAUCACAACUUUUUUGUCACUUGGCCCAAUGGACUUAUUACUGAAAGCGUAUAUGAAACGAACAGUCCAAAUAUAUCCCAUAUCAAACAGUAUUAUGUUACUAAAUUGCCUCACCUCAAGGAAGAUAUGCGUUGUAUAAGUCAGAACGGAGAAGUGAUUGUUUUUAAAACGUCAGGUAUUAUUGAAGUUCUCCGACCAGAUAGCUCAUAUAUUAAGAUUACUAAUUGUGAAAAGAAAAUUGUUCAAUUACAAACCGAAGCCGAAGAACCUAGUGAAACCAGCUCUGACAAGAGUAAGAAAGGUAAAGGAAAAGAAAAGCUUAAAGCAAAAUCUAGCAAAACAUCCACAAAAUCAUCGAAAAAUGUACUAAUAGAUGAAGACAAAGAAGAUGUGAAGCCGCCUGAGUACGAGUUAGUUAUUGAUGAAUUUGAAUAUAUUGAAACUAAUGGUCUUAGACAAAAAUGGAUUAACGGCACACCUAUAGACAUUGAGAAAUUGCUAAUACGUACAGCUACAGAAUUUAAUUUGAGAGAGGUAUUUUCUAGACGAAUGGAUGGGACCAAUAUUUUGCUGAAUAAAGAUGGAGUACAAAUCGUGACAUUCCCCGAUAAAACUAGAAUCAUAUCUACUUAUGUUAUAGAGGAAGAAGAAAUUUACCCAGAAUGGACUGAAGAAGAACGGGAAUAUUUUGAAAUGUAUGAAUCUGUCACACAAGAAACUGAAACAAAAUCUAGAGUCUCUGUAUCCCAGAAAAGUAGUGUAAGUGCUAUGAGUUCUUCAUUAAGAAGAGAAGAAGAAGACGAAGAAGACGUUAAAGAAUACGUGCGAUAUGACGGAUACAUUUCUGUUCAGUUGAUUUUUAACAUUGAGCAUGCUAAUUUUGCUACAGUCACUGUGAACAAAGUUAAUGACAAGAUAAGUGUUGAUUCACCUAAUGGGACUACUGUAGUUGUAGAUGCUCAAAAUAAUUAUGACAUUUGUUUAGAUGAUUCGACUUCGGCAACAUUUGAUGGACAAAAUUUACUCAUAAAUCAUGAAGCCUGCCCAGAUUGUCAAUCAAACAUUACUUGUAAAGUUAAAAUAAAAUCAGAUGAUGAAAGUAGUGUUACUAAAAUUCAUCAACAUUGGUUGACAAUGAAAGAUUCCUUUAACAAUAAGAUUAUUGUUAACGAAGAGGGAAACAUUACAUUCACAGGUAAAAAAAGAAGUGACAGCAUUGACAGUGAUUUUGUUUCAAAUACUGUUGAAGUAAUUGGAGAUGACGAUGGUUCUUGCUCAAAAUUAGACGCACCCGAUCACAGAUCAGAGGUGUCUAUGACAUCUCGAGGGAAGUGCAAUGAUAUGUAUAACGCAAAGGCUAUCAAGUUUUUUGUUCUACGCCGGGACUUAGGAUGUUCAGAAUUAGUCCACAAACGUCUACUGGAAGAGUACAAGCAAUCAUGCCGCUGGCUGCCUUGGUGCUCAGUCAGUAAUUAUGACACUUUCGGGGGCAAUAGAAGCAUAGUCUCAAUAUUAACUCCGAUACAUCUUACCGAAGCUGAGAAAUGGUUAAUGGAUUCCAAACUUGCCGGCAAACCAGCUUACCUAGCAUUCAAGGAUUUAAAGAAAGACCCAGGGAAGGGUUUCUAUCACUGGAUGCGGCCCUAUGACAGGUUCGAACCACAGCCAAUGAAACCUGAUAACGUUCUACCACCAAGGUUACCAAGAGCUUACGUGCUAAGGACUUUAGAACAACAGUGGAAUGAACAGUCGAAAAAUAAGUUGAAAGGUGCGAAGGAGUUGGUGGCAGCGGUGUUGCGGUACCGGCGUAUUAUGGAGUCCGACAGUGAGACCAUCCUGAACGUGCCCAUCAUAGACCCUCGCUCCGAAGACGAGCGGGAAAUCGACGAUAUCGUGCAAGCUAUUGCUCACAGAUCCUACGAAGAGUUGAAAGAGCGACUAGCCGCCGACGUGGAGACCAGAAUGAACCUUAAUAUCACCACGAGGCCGCUGCCUGUACCACAAGAGCCGUCUGUCAAAGGCGAGGGCGACGAAGACGUGGUAGAUGAAAUGCAGUUUGACGAAGAGCGUACAAGUCUGAUCAAGGAAGUGGAGGCGGCUGAUGAAAUGAGUCCAAAUCUAAAGGCUUACUGGCGCCGCAGAGCCGAGGAGCUCAAAGAGGAAGAGUUUUACAAGAACCUUCUCCGCGAGGGCAUAGUGCCUCCUUACUUCCGCAACGUGCUGGGUGGCGCCAUCUGGUGGGAGAUGAACAACGCAGCAGGCGAGGCCGUCUCCAAGUCGGAGCGCAAGAAGAUGCGCUGCCAGUGCAACUUCGAGGAAGCCUCCAAGGCAACCAAGACUGACACCAGUAUACCCACCUUCUUUCCUGAGUAGAAUAUUUAGCUAGUUAACAUUUAUUUUGUUUUUAAUAUAUAUUGUUUUCGAUUAUAA